CGCCUAUCCCCGCAGAGCCGGGCGGAGGAGCACACGGCAGAGCAGGUAAAGUCCUCUGGGCUCCUGGCCCUCCUCAUCUUCUUCCCUCUCUCCCUUUCCAGCCCGCACCCCUUGCGGCUUCCCCCACUGCUUGUGGUGCUUUUUUUCAGGUGCAAGGGGGAAGGUGGGCACCGGCAGUGCAAGGGCUUUAUCGGCAAGAGUUGUGAUUGUAAGCAAAGUUUUCUGGUUAUCGAGCUUCAGAUAAGGCAGCGACUGCAUGGAGUGAGUGAUAAAAUGUCUAGGAUUUCUGUAGAUGGAAGGGUGGCUGUUCUGGGAGUGAGAGGAGAGGGUAAUCUGGAAGCUUCUCAUAAGCGGGGAGUCCCGCAAGGCUCAGAAAUCUCAUCACAGCAAAUGCGAGGAGCGAUCUCCGGGGAAAUGCCGGGUGGGAUCUGCAGGAGAUACCCACAGCAUGGUUUGGGACUGUCUGGAAGUUGCCGUGAGCUGCAAACCGACCUAUUUGACUCAAAAAAUGAACUACUUCAUCCUGUAGAUUGGCUUGCCAGGCAGGGUUUUCACAGCCCUUUUUGUGCCCUGCUGAUUGUCCGUGUGAGUUAGGAUGAAAAAGCACUUUCCUUAACAUUUAAUCUCCUUAUAUAUUAAGUUAGCAUGCUUUAAUUAAAAUACACUCCCUGAUCAAAGUGAAUGAAUUGGAAUAAGUAAAUCGGGACUGACAUUGGAAGCAUUAGUUAACCUAUGCAGAGUAAUCAAACCUUACUGCAAAAUUAUUAGGGCACAGGCAGGGACAAACACAAGUUCAUUGUCUAGGAAACCAGAUACAUCUGAAUGAGAGACAUUUACCAUGGUGCUCCCAAAAGAGUAGCUGAAAGGGGUUUUAAUGUGUGUAAGAACAGGACAGAGGUGAUAGCUUCUUGAAGUCAAAUGUUUAAAUUUUUCAUCAUCUGUCAGUUUGAGUCACUCCUGUUACAAGACUGGAGUUAAGUAUUUGCAAUAGACCGAAGUAUUGCUGGAGGCUUGUUAAAAGAUAUUUUUAUAAAAGAGUACCUUGGUACAUGAGAUUAAACAGUCAAAAAAAGGUGUCAUUUAUCAAAUAUUCAGAUCUGUAACUCGAGCCAUGGCAGAGAACUUUAGGGGGGAAGAAAGAGAGAGCACAGGAUUCAGCAACAAAAAGAAAUGCAGAAAUUCAGUGUCUUGCAAAUAAACCUUUGAAAUGAGGGAGAGGGAGACAAAACCUAACAAAGUCUCUUUAUGGUCAGAGCCAAGUCGGCCAAUGGGACCCUGUGUGUCAUUUCUAAAAUCAGGGACUAAUCCCAGUGUAAGAAGUUGCCAUCUGUGGAUCAAGGCAUUGUCUAAUAUGUCAGAUGAAUUAGUUGUUUUGCCUGUGGGGGUGGUGGUUCUCAGGCUGAGCAGAGGGCCAGGCAGAAAAUCCUCCCUCCACUGUGGAUUGAAGCAGCUGAUGGCCCUCAGAGCUGAGGAGGGGAUGUGGCUGCAGAAACUCCUUUUAGUGAAACCUGCCCAGUCUUUGCUUCUUUUCCACCCCAUUGCAUUAGUCCUGUGUGUAUCCUUGUCCUUCAAGAACUAGGCCAAAAGCAACACGUUCAUUUUGGUUUGAGCAACUGUGAAACUCAAUUUUUUUCUGGCGUCUAUCAGUGACAACCCAGUGAAAAGCUCUGGGUACCCUAUUACUGCCCUUCCAGACAAUUUAUCUUUCAGUGUUUUUUAUGCUGCAUAGCGCAGGGCAGCAGGGAUAGCAAGAGCUACCAAAACAUCUCUUUCCCCAUAAACUGUGUCUGUGGUGCUGGUGAAACUUUGGUGGGACACCUUGUCAUUACAAAGCCCAUGGCUUUGAUCUGUCCAGGUGAAGUGACAUGGGCAGUUUCCCAAAUGUGUGACUUUCCCUCUGCCUCAGAAGAGCAUAAGGGUGUUUUCUCAUUUUUUGCCAAAUGUGGCAGCAGGGAAGGGAGAGCUCCUUCCCCCUCACUGCCUGCAGCACCCUGCAGGGACAGGGGACCAGGGCCAGGCUGUUCCGCCUGAAUUCAGAGAUCUGGAAAUGGAGGGUCCCAGACCAAGCCUGCAGUGAUACUGCAGCUUAACCAGCUAGGAAAAGCUUUCUGUUUGUUUUAUAAUUUUAUAAUUUCCUUUUCCAUUCCAUUUCUCUUUUGUUUUAUCUGAUUUUAAAAGGAUUUGUUUGCCUGUUUUGACAAAGCUGCAUUGAAGUUGUACUUAGGUGCAGUGUAACUUGGUAAAUAAAUGGUUCUACAAGGGAGAAAAUUAAAUGAGCCAUUUGCUAUAGGGAGAUAACUCUGUCUGCACACACACUCUUUGUGGACUUGUGUUUGUAUAAAGUGUAUCUCUAUCCUAGAAAAAGAUCUAAAUUAAAAACUUGGGAGCAAGCAGCUUUGGAUUGUUUUGAUCUCUAUUUGUACUCCAUAACAUAAGCUGUCUCUGAUUUAUAGCCAUGAAAUUUGGGGUGAAUAUUGCAUUUUGACUCUGUUAUUCCUGUUUUCCUCUGCAAUCCAAGUAUCUUUUUAUUCUAAAAACACCAGAAGAAAUGUCCAGACUUUUGAAGAUGUGUUUCUUGUUGAUAUCAAUGAAUCAUGCCAAGAUUACUCACAGUCAGAACUCUGAAGAUUUGCCUCCAUUGUUACACAAAGCUGUGGAGGAAGUAAUAGCUGGGAAAUACCUGAAUGCCCUCCUAGAUAUACUUUAUUUUCAAAGCUCUAAUGUCUGGACAGCAGAUCUGCUUACAAAAGUCAUGGCAUAUUUUCAUGCCCAGAAAGUUAUGUUUACUCUUGGCAGCCUGCAGAUGUCCAUAAAAAGUUACCUGAAGAACCUUUUAUACCAGCCCAGGCAACUGUUGUCUGAAUUGCAACAGCUUGAUCAGCAGCAGUUCCAAACUGCAAUGAAAUACCUCUUCAACAGCAAAAAGGAGCAUCUUGAAAUAGGAAAUAUUAUUCUUGACUGGGGCAAGACUAGAGAGAGAAUUUUUCAAAGCCCAGGAGUAAACAGGACCUUGUUCUUUGUAACACUGGAUAAAUGCUUCCUGGCUCUGAGUGCCCUGGACUGUGUGGAUAUCCUGAGUCAGGUUCUGCGUGUGUCAGCAGUGAACUAUCUCCAACCUGAUGUCAUUGGGAGUCUCCCAAACCUUCUGCUGGAGGAUGCUUUCAGAAACUUAUCAUCAUUAUUCAAGGACCUCUAUGACAGAACCUCAGCAAGCACUCAGAGAGCUCUCUAUGGCUGGAUGAAGCAGAUUCUACAGAAAUCUUACAACAUGAGUGAGUUCAAUGAAUCAACUUCUUGGGUCAGUGCAGAAAGCUUAUGGAUUUUGGGAAGAUACAUGGUCCAUCUCCCAUUAGAAGAAAUUCUGAAAAUUAGUCUCAAUGAAAUCAGACUGUUCAUUAGCUACGACAAUGCAACAAAGCAGUUGGACACGGUGUACGAUAUCACACCAGAGCUUGCACAGGCCCUCCUGGAAAGGAUAAACUCGUCAGGAUUUGAUAUGAGGAACACUUCAACUAUCUACAGGCUGGGUUUGUUGGUUUGUUUUUAUGAUGACCUGGAACAGAUGGAUGCAGCUGUGGCCCGGGCUCUACUUCAUCAAAUGAUUAAAUGCAAUCAGCUGAGAGGUUUCCAGGCCGAGGUUCAUGAGCUCAAAUCUCAGCUCCUGAACAUUGCCAUGCAAAACCAGACAUUGAAUGAUACCCUUGGAUCUCUGUCAGAUGCUGUGGUUGGAUUAACUUCAAGUCAGCUGGAAUCUCUGUCACCUGAAGCAGUGCAUAAUGCUGUUGCAACAUUAAACCAAGUCUCUGGGUGGGCAAAGAGCCAAGUUAUGAUUUUAUCCAGUAAAUAUCUCUCUUAUGAAAAGGUUUUAUCAUUUUACAAUGUGAGCCAAAUGGGCGCCUUGGUGACAGGAAUUGGCACCCGGUCACUGCACAGCAUGAGCCCCAGGGAGCUGGCUCAGAUCAUUCGAGGCACAACAUCCCAGUACUUGUCUGACUUAUCUCCUGCACAGCAGCAGGGCAUUCUCAGGAAGAUUGCUGCAUCUGGAGAUUUUUCUUCAUCAGUCAAAGAUAUACAAGGAGCUUUCUUUAAAGAAGUCUCUCUUUCUGGUUUAUGGAAGCAAAGUGGAUAUAAUUCUUCAAUGCUGAAAGAAAAAGAACUAAGAAGCAGCCAGGCUUUGUAUCUGUAUGAAUUACUGUCCAAGGAAAACUAUCCUGUUGACCUUGUAAGUACAGGACAGCUUGUGAAAGGAGUAACUUGUCAACUCUUUGAAAGUAUGGACACAGACAUAUUUUUAAAUAAUUUUAAAUUCUUUGAAAUGAAUCUUCAUCUGCUUUCUCCAUAUCAGGUUAAUUGUUUGGCUUGGAAAUUUUGGAAAGUCUCCAAUGCAUCCAUUCCUCCCUUCCUCUUACUGGCACUUCCUUCUGAGUACCUGGAGUAUGUUACAGGCCCUUUGUGUGUCCCUUUCCUUGAACGUGUGGGGAAGAUUGGGAUGGACCUUCUGAACCCAAGCCUUCAUAAAAGGGAUGUUGUCCUGCAAAAAGUACAGGAGUGCUUGAACAGCUCCGUUGCUGAUGAAUAUGAUGUUGACCUCCUUGGAAAUCUAAUCUGCCACUUACCUCCAGCCUUUCUACAUGGCAGAAUGUCCCUGAAGGCAAUGGCAGCAGCCCUACAUCAAUUCAAACUUUGCCAAAAGCUCAGCCACGAGCAGAAGACUGAAAUUAAAUACAAACUCCAUCAGUUAUAUGGCUCCUCAAACAACUGGACAGCACAAACAACAUUAGAUGUUGGACCAUUCAUAGUUAUGUUGUCAAGAGAGGAAUUAAAUAUCCUUGCUGAAAAGUUCCCAGAUAUCAUUUUACAAAUAGCAAAGACAAUUGGACCACUUUCUUCAGCUGAAGAGCUUCUGUCAGCUGUGUUCGAGUCAGUCUCCAGCAGCACUGGCAGCGCCCGCCUGUCUCUCAGCAGAGCUGAUUGCCUGAGAACCAGAGCUCCUUCUUCAAAUGAAAUCAUUAAAUUAGGAGAAGCAAAUAUCUUUUGGUCAGUUCAGGAACUGAAAUGCAUGGAUCCAGGGACUUUUGACAAAAAUGUGGAACUUCUUGGGGGUGUCUCAGGUUUUAACAGCUCCCAGCUGACUGCCUUGAAGGAAAAAGCCAAGCAGGUCUGGGGUUUGCUGCCAGACUGGAGAAGUUACCAAAUCAUCUCCCUGGGCCACAUUGCUCUGGCACUCACUGAACAGGAAAUCACAGAGCUGGACCUGCACUCCAUCGACACAGUUUCUGCUCUUAGUCAGCAAACAGGGUGGACUUUUACCCAGGCAAGAGCUAUUUUGCAAGGUUUUCUAGAUGACUCUGGCCAGACCAUCAGCACAUUAAAAAGUUUUGAUUUAGUUGGAUUAGGAGCUGUUCUCUGUGCUUUGAACUCCACAGAAAUCACAUCCAUAAGGACUGUUGAAUUCAGUGCUGCAAUUGCAAGAAUUGGCCUGUUGUUUUGUAGCACCCCUGUUCUGAGGCAGUUUAAGAAGAUGACAGAAUCUGUGUUUGGUGCUGCUACCAGCUGGAAUGGCUCUAUUUUACAGGAAAUUGGUACUAUAGCAGGUGCUUUGAAUGAGGAUGAAUUAAAAGCUUUUGAUAAAAGCUUGAUGCCAUAUUUCCAGCCAUCAGCAAUAAGACAUAUACCUCCUGAAAUUUUCCAAGCAUUGUCCCCAGAGCAAAUAGCAAACCUGGGCCCUGAGAACUCCGCCAUGGUUACAGGAUCACAGCGGGAGCAUCUGGAUGCAUCCCAGCUCCAGAGCCUGGGGCUGGCACUGGAUGGAGCCAGGAGCAGCAGCCCAGGGACACAGAGCACUGCAGGAUCUCCCCAGGAGGGGCAAACCGCGGCUCCCAGUGGUGCUCCUUGUUUGAGUGGCUUUGGCAUCUGGCUGUGUGCUGUGUUUACACUGCCCCUGCCUUUCUCAACCCUCAAUGGCUGAGCUUGUGUCCUGGAGCUUACAACAGAGAUGCUAGAGAUAAAAGAGUGUCAGCUCAGCUUGAACAGUAGAAUCAAGAGGCUCUGACAAUUCUGAGUACAGAGUGGUUAAAUUCUCACAAGCAAGACCCUCAUCUGCCAUCAUUAUGAGAACUAUCUCCUUUCCAUAGCUUUACCAUUAACAAGUAACACAGUAUCCUUGCAAAUACUUCAAGUUUAAAAGUUGGAAAUUACUUACCUGUCUCAUGAGAAAUGUAGGAUUGUGUGUUAGGUAGGAACUUGAAUUAUAGGGGGGACAGGUAGCAGAAGACUGUUAUUUGGAGGCUGAUGUCUGAUACCCAGUGCUUUGUACAUGGGCUAAUUUUGUCACACUGUUGUGUCCUUUUGUUGGGUUUUCUUUUGCUUCAAGUAUACAUUCCCUGGGGAGGGGCUAUCCUUCUAUGUGGUGUAGUAGAAACUCCACUAAAAGUUACUGCUGUUACAAUAAAAUAGCUUCAUCUCAGAGCUGCUGGUUUAAAUCCUCCUCAGACAAGAAGUGAUAACAGACUCUUAGAAUUUAAGCACCUCUACAAAACGUAGUUUCCCCAUGGCUGUUUGUAUUCAAUAUAGAACUGUUGACACUGAGGGCAUUGGCAAUACUGUGAGUAUUUCAUGUGACAAAAUGCACCAUGGAAACUGCUUAUGUUCAUCAAGAGACAGUCCUUUCACUCCAGGUAGGGUUGAAGUGUACAUCUGGGAAUACUAAGGGGAAGCUGUUCACUGGGCCUGUGCACUACUAGGACUGUCAAUCCAGGAUUUUCCACAAGACCUAGAAAAGGAAUUUCUCCUAAUUAUAAACCAUAGAUAUUUUCCUGUAUUUUAUCAGCAUAUGAUUUAAGUUUCCAAUAUUAGCUUCUCAUGCCUCAAUGUUUCUCAGUAAUUAGCUUCUCAACAUUUUAAACAAUGGGAAGAAAAAGAUAUAUUAAAAAUCCUCCUCAUGUGAACAUACAUUUUGAUGUUGUUCAACAUGAUUUUAGACCACAAACACAUGGCACAGUUUUCCAUUUUGCCAUUGCAAAAAAUCUUAUGUUUUCUAGACGAAAAAAGGCAAUGCAUGGACUGAAAAGUUUAGCUCUUUCAUUCAGAGAUGUACUGUAGCAAAUGCCCUUCAAACUGUAAUUUGUAUUUCUUUAUGGUAAACAUUACAUCUGGCUUCUGGCCUGAAAGUAGAACUGAAAUUUUUCUCAAGUUGGGAAGCAAUUGGAGUGGGAGGGAGGGAGAGCUGGAGGGAAGAGGCCAGCUGCUGCUGGGGCAAGGUGAAUGUGAGCUCUUGCUGCAGUUGGGAGUAACAGUUCCCACCACAGUCCCAUAUUCUGGAAUUCCUGCAGCAGCAGGGGCUAACUUGAUUCUCAGGGCUUUGUUAUUGGCAAAGUAGGCAGUGAGAGCAAUUUCUCACCCCCUCCUUUCCCUCUUCCCCCUUCAGCAAUCUGCUGCUUUGGGAACUGCCUUUGCCUAUAACUAACCCUGGCAAGUGUGACAUGAUAUUACAGAUAAUACUGCAUGCUUUAGUUCUGCAUUUUAUAAGCAAAGAAUUAUGAUUGCUGCAAACUGCCUGGCACUUUUUUCUCUAAUCCUCAUUGUAAGAUUCUAGCUUCUCCAGCUGUGUUUCCUUUUCUGCAUGUGAACAAGAGAUUGAGACAUAUAUUUAAAUAGAAAAAAGUUUGUUUUAUUAAUCCCAGCAAGUACAUGCAAAUGUCCACUAAAACCUAGUGGAUCAAAUGCAUUAUAAAGAUUUAUCUGUGUUUUCACAUCAGAAAGUUCUGCCUCACUCAGAUGUGAAAGUACUAAAAGGUUUUUUGAUUUCUAGAAAUUGCCUGACUUGAAGUCUGUGUGCACUUCUGAAGAUGCAGGAGAGUGUUUUCAUGUCAGGAAGACAGUCAGCAUUUCCAGUUCAGCUGCUUAGUUCGGAUACAUGACUUAGCUCUACCAAGCCCUUCAAAAAUCUAUAUGAGUUGAAAGUGAUCUUCUUCUGUCAAUAUACCUGGGAGUGAUUCAAUUUGCAAUUAUGUGAGUCAGAGUUUAGCUUUUAAUUGGAGCAGGAGUGAGUUCUUUGUUUUGUGCCAUCUGUGCUGUAAUUUCUUUCAAGCACAAGUGCUUUUAAAUUGCUGAACUGCUUGAUUAUUUAUAUAUUUUAUUAAAUUAAUAUAUUAAGAACUUUGGCAUUGCAUUUACGUUUGGUCAAGAGCUUAUCUAUUUCUUACAAGAGGAGUGUAGGAGGGGUAAAUGUAGAGCACUACUUAAUGUUGUACUGAUUUCACUGUGAGAUUGCAAAUCCUGUUUGGUUCAUGAGAUGGUGUGAGCAUUUGGGAUGGCAAGUAUGUAGAAAAGCAAUUUUACUCCUGCCAAAGUCCCUCUUGUAAAGGUCACUGAUGGAAAAGCCCAUUCUACAAAAUCUGGGAUUCAUUAGACACUUUCAUCAAAACUGUUGAAACAUAAUUUCUGUGGGAAGAAUAGAUGGAGAGCAGAGAAAGGCAUAGAGAGCACAAGUAUACUCAGUGUGUAAUCUGUGUGUGUGACCUGCCAUGCAUUCACAAUCCUGCACACUGCCAGAGGAAGCUGAAACAUGCACACUUUCCUUCCAUGGAACAAACCACAGAACCCCUCAGUGCAGGCAUCUGUCCCCUCUGCAGAUAUGUAUUGCAUACAACAUGCACGUGAUCACUUUGACUGGUAUGCAUUCAUGGGAAAAAUGUCUCACAGUCCCUCUCUUUUUGCAUGAUCAGGAUUUUGGGGAAGAAUAUACUACAGAGAAAUGUGGUAUAAAGAUUUGAUUCUUAAAGAAAUGUUGCUCUUUGUAGAUGUGGGUAACAUUUGUUUAAACCAAGCUUAAUUUCUCCUACAUUCUUUUUAGUUCUUUUAGAUAUUUGAGAAAGAAAAAUCAUAUUUUUACAUAAAUCUGCUGUUGAAUAUAGACCAUGAUAAUAAUUGUAUCUGCUUAUUGUGAGAACUGCAGCUCUCCUCUCCAUUUGUGACCCUUCUGAUGGUUGCUGGGCAGUGGCAUACAUCCUGUGGGAUGCACAUCCAACCAUCCAGCUGCUGAGAGUCACAGCUCUGGAGUAGGCCUGGCUCCUCUGAGUGCUUUGAGCCCUGUGACAGGUGACCCUGUCCAGCAGUAUGUGAGAGGAGGCAUUUCAUUCCUGUGAUUGAAUGGAGGAUCCUUCAGAAGUUAACAAAUGGCAAGAAAUACUUUUGUUGGUUUAUUACUUCAGUGCCUGAUACCUUUAUGUUCAGAAUUGUAUUUAGAAAAGAGAAAAGGGCUACUGAUUCUGGAUCAGCAGGAAAGAAGAUAUCCCCAUGACCUGGUACUGAGGUAAAUGGCACAUCUGUGGUAUCUCUAAAUCCCCGAAAGGAAGAAAACAACUGCCCAUCCACAGUGUCUGAAAAGUAUCCCUGUUAAAGCUGGCAUUAUGGCUGUUGUCAGGUUUUGUACAGUGCAUGGAAUGUUUGACUCUCAGUGAUCUCAAUCUGUCACAUCAGAGCUAACCAGCUCCUCAGUGUGAGGCUCUAAAGACACUGUUAAAAAAAAAAAAAAAAAAAGGCAUCCUUCCUUAAUUUUAAGAAGCCCUUUAUGCCUCUCUAUAAUCUGCUCAAAUAUUCCAGAGGCAAUUACGUACUGCAUUAUGGCAGAUUUAGCUUAUCACUUCACUGCUGUGCCUAGGGAUCAUCACCCCCUCAUUUACUUUCCAGUAACACAAAUUGCAGCCCCAUCAUGUUAGGCUGGGACCUUGUCAGAGUCCCACUGGCUGCCCCUUGGAGAAAUGUGAGACAUUGCUCAAGGUGUGCCAGCCAAAUGCACCUGGGGCUAAGGAGAGGCCCGACUCACUCAAAUGACACUCAGAAAGAAGCAAGGAACCAGCAGUCACCUGGAAUGUGUCACUUGAGCAGGUAACUGGCCAUAGUGCACCGUUGGUAUUUUGGCUCAUGCUGUGUUGUGGUUAUAGAUACCACACAUUGCUUCCCAGUGGGACACUGCCAAUUUCCCCACGGCAGUCGAGGAACAGCUGUCAAACUGCAGAACCUUGCUCCCCUGUCAUGCUCUGUUCUCCUCAGAAGUAAGGAUCAAAUUUCAAAUAAUCUUUUCCUCAUUUUUUUUCUUUUCUCUAAAAAGGUUGAUAUUCCAGGCUGGUACACAACUUUAAGCAAUGGGGUCUCUUUAUUUCAGUGAAAAUGUUUGCAUGUUUUUGAUAAGUUUGUGGGCUUUUUGGUGUGUGUGCUUUGAGUUGUUUUUUGGGUUUUAAGCAAGAUCUGUAGGCAUGGGAUGAGGAGAGCUAAGAACCUUAUAGUCCUGAUUAGUAAAAUAUUCUCAUCCAUGCUGUAUGAUGUAGGACAGCCUUGGGGACUGUUUAGUCCCGUGCUGUUGGAAGGGAGGGAUCUGACUUCCUUUUCCAGUACGGCAGGAGGGAAACUGGAUAGAAAAGACAGGUCUGCAAAGAAUAAACAAAAACACUGUAAGUUAAAUUUCUUUUAUUGGUACCCCAGAACAUUUGGAAUUGGUCCUCAGAAAGAGUAUUUUCUACAUUGUUAUACAGCAUGCUGUUGGAAAGUGCAGAUGAGUAACAAACAGAUCUGUGUGCUAUCCAGGUCUCCAUCAUUUCAUACUUUAGUUAAGACUGUGAUCCAUUAUCAGACCAUCUUUCCAUAUCUUUCUGCCUAGUCUUUAGACAGAGAAAUUAUGAGACUACAUCAAAGACCCCACUGGACCUUGCCUGGCAUCAGGACAUGGAGGAGUUUUGCACCAUAGGAUAUUUUUAUCAAAGUUCACAUCUGGUUCUUUAUUUGUACCCAAAAAUAGAUAGCCACAAAACAUAUUACAUUUUUUCUGCAAUGAGUAGAAAGCAACCAAUGUCCAUCUGUCUCUUCCUGCCCCUUUCUCUUCAGCAUCAGUCUGCUUUUCCAAUCCGGAUUAAUGAGAGGAUUUUCUUGCCCUGAUGAUGCAGGAGCACAGGCAUCUUUAGAGCUCAUAGUCCAAGUGACUGAACACUGAAGUAUUAACUGGAGGAAUUGUGAUUGAUGGAUUUCUUGCUUUGCUGGCAACAGUAUAACAUUUAUUUUCUAAUGUUUUGGCUGGUGUAAUUAGCCUUACAAAUACUUAACAUCUCACUUAAUAUCUGUAAACUUCUCUUUGAGGGACAAAGAGAAAAGGAGAGAAGCCAAAAGUAAAUUCCUGUAGGAGAAAUAUGAAAACAGUGCAAAAUGCUAAUCUGUCACAGAUACAACAGGGGAAUAUUUUCUGGUACUGCUUUCCUUGUUAAUUUUUAACCAUUGUAUAUGGAAGUGAACUAUAUUGAUUUAUCAAAGAAUAGCCAUUGCUAUAGUUAAAAUCACACUAGUUUGAUGCACAAGCUGAAACUGCCCUAGGUCAUGUUUAAUUGGAGCUUGACAUGUUUCAACAUUUAAUCGGAUGUCAGAAAAUAACAUAGAUCACAAACAAGUUCUGAAUAUUAACUGCAUGAACUGAGCAGUGGGUUGAGAGAAUGGAUGUCAGCUCUCUGCCUUUAAUGUAUCUAUUAAAUAGAUUCCAGAUAUGUACCUGUCAGUGUUUUUAUUAUCUACUUUUAUUUCAGUAUUCACCCUUUCAGAAUUGUUGAGAUCUGACAUAUUAAAUGUUCGCAUUUCAGUCAAGCAGGCUGGUCCAGCCAGAGCUCUAAGACAUGUCUGUGUUUUCAGACCUCACACAUGUGUGCAGUGAUGGAAGUGCCUCAGCACGGCAGCUGCUGAUGUUGUAGUUAUGAAUUUGCACUUUCUCCCCUCCUGUUGCAGUUGGUACCACACAUUUGGGGAGUUCUGCCAAAUGCUGUUGUUUUCAGUACAAAUUCUCCCAGUACUAUAUUUGAGUUUUUAACAUGUAUCCUCAAGUAGGCAACUCACUGGUGGUUACAUCAAACAUUAUUUGAUGCCAAAAAUUAUUCAAUAUCUGUUUAAAAUAAUUAUUCUGUUAGAGUUGAGAACUAUAAAACUUUACAAAUGCAACAUCCAACCUCUUAGGAAGCGGUAAGAGAUACUGUGGAGCUUGUCAAGGAGUUGUACUGCUAUACUUGUAAACACAGUGUUGUAAGAGGACAGGCUUUGAUUCUUAAUCUCUGAAAAUAAGUAAAUUUGUUUUUGUCACACAGUGAGUACUUACUAAAAAAGAUAAACUCAAUAGCAGGUAUUAAUCAGUUCUCCCUUCUCAGGAUUAUGUAAACUCUCUAAAGAUUUCAAUGUUUGUGCUACAUUUUAAACAGAAGAAUUAAAAGAUUGUAGUUAGGAUCCUUUUCUUAAAUUUCAAACAGUCCAUAACCCUCUGCUGUGGGAACUUUUCAAUGUAUAAUUCUGUAACAGUAAAGUCCUUACACUAUUUCCUCAAACAGGCUGUGAAACAAUGUAAAGCAAGAGAUUUUAAAGAAAUGAGCUACCCAGCAAAACACCACUGUUUACCUGGAGUAAACUGUUACCCAUUUUCUACAACCAUUGGAAAUCCUAUUCCUGGGCAGCUAUUCCUAUUUUUCUUUGCUCUUGUUUGGAUUGUUGGGUUUUUUUACAGAGAACAUUGGAGAGUUAUUAAAAGGAGAUGCCUCUUUUGAACUGCCCACUGAAUUUACUGGUCAUGUCCUGUUUGAGGGAUUAAGGACUCUGACGAGGCAGUGUGGUAACUCUCAAGGCAUGAUUAUUGAAUAAAUAAUUGCUAUUUUUUCUUUUUCUUGGAAGUUUACACAGAAUCACAGAAUUGUUAGUGUUGGAAGGGACAUCUGGAGAUCACCCAGUCCAACCCUCCUGCCAAGGAAGGGUCACCUGGAGCAGUGACACAGGAACGUCUCCAGGUGGGUUUGGAAUGUCUCCAGGGAGGGAGAAUCCCUGACUGCCCAGUCCUGUCCCAGUGUUCUGUGGCCCUCAAUGUAAAAAACUCUACCUUGUGUUGAAGUGAAACUUCUUGUGUUUCAGUAUAUGGCCACUGCUCCUUGUCCUGUCACUGGGCACCACAGAAAAGAAUCUGGCACCAUCCUGGCACGGGCUGCCCAGAGAAGCUGUGGCUGCUCCAUCCCUGGAAGUGUUCCAGGCCAGGCUGGACGGGGUCCCGAGUACCCUGGUCCAGUGAGUGGCAUCCCUGCCCAUGGCAGGGGGCAGAAUGAGAUGAUCCCUAAGUACCCUUCUCACCCAAACCAUUCUGUGUUUCCAUGAUUAUGUGACCCUCUUGGGACCUAUCGAUGAGAUCCCCCCUCAGUCUCCACUCCUCCAGACUAGCAAGGCCCAGACCUCGCAGUCUCUCCUAAGAGAGACACUCCAGACCCCUCAUCACCGUUAUGGCCUCUGCUGGACUCUGUCUAGUAGCUGAUGUAGAUUUUUAAACUGUUGGUGCUCAAAACAUAAUAAAAAACAUAUA